AUGGUUUCAGUGCACGAACGGCAACAAGCUAUAUUAAAGCGCCGUAUUGAAGCUGCUGCGGCUGCUGAACGUCGACUUAAAGAAUUGUUGUUACGUCAAAAGGCUAUUAGAAAUGGACGUGAUAAAUGUGUAUCUGAAGGGAACGAUGCUAAAAAAUAUGAUUUGGCUACACGAGUUCGCGCUUGGGUCAAAACAGAUUUAGAUAUCCAAAUCAGUAUGGAUGCUGUUAAGUAUCAUUUGAGUCAUUUUAUGGAUUCGCGUAAAACACUUUGUGGUCGUUUAUGCACGAUCGAAGCCAAAAUAAAGUUGCCGACAAGACGGUCAACCUUAUGA